UAUGAUUGGUGAUCAACUCCUGCUCCUCAGGCUAGUAGCUGCCACGGGCCCGGCCCGGCAUGGCGGGGCAGCCAGAACCUGAGCCCGGAGGAAGCGUGGCUGAGAUUCCUUAUUCUGUUCGGGUCUUUUAGAAGAGACAAACUCAUGUGAAGAUGGGACUACUAGUGUUUAUGCGUAAUCUGCUACUGGCCCUCUGUCUCUUUCUGGUGUUGGGCUUUCUCUAUUACUCAGCUUGGAAACUGCAUCUUCUCCGAUGGGAGGAUUCAAAUUCAGUGGUUCUUUCCUCUGACUCCGUUGGACGUUCAAUAGGCUCAGGAAGGAGAGAGGGAAAAUCCACAUCUCUUGUGCCUCUGUCAUCUCUCCCAUCACACCUUGCUGCCGAGCUGGGAAUAGGCAGAACUCAGAAAGAACCUGUGGCUGUUCCACGCCCAAUCGCUCCUAAAUAUGACAAACUGGGCUUUCUUCUGAAGUUGGACUCAAAAUUGCCUCCAGAGCUAGCAUCAAAGUAUGCUAACAUCUCAGAUGGAGUUUGCAAACCUGGAUAUGCGUCUGCUCUCAUGACUGCCAUCUUCCCAAAGUUCUCCAGGCCAGCACCAAUGUUCCUGGAUGAUUCCUUCAGAAAGUGGGCACGUAUUCGGGACUUUGUUCCUCCCUUUGGAAUUAAAGGACAAGAUAAUCUGAUCAAAGCCAUCCUGUCAGUAACCAAAGAUUACCGCCUUACUCCAGCCCUUGACAGUCUCAGUUGCCGGCGAUGUAUUAUUGUGGGGAAUGGUGGCAUUCUAGCAAACAAAUCAUUGGGGUUGAAAAUUGAUGACUAUGACAUUGUUAUCAGGCUGAACUCUGCUCCAGUAAAAGGUUUUGAAAAGGAUGUGGGUGGCAAGACAACCCUGCGGAUAACAUAUCCAGAAGGGGCCAUUCAGAAACCAGAACAAUAUGAAAAGGAUUCUCUCUUUGUGCUAGCAGGGUUCAAGUGGCAAGAUUUCAAGUGGCUGAAAUACAUUGUUUACAAAGAGAAAGUGAGUGCCUCUGAUGGCUUUUGGAAGUCUGUGGCUACCCAAGUUCCAAGAGAGCCUCAUGAGAUCCGUAUCCUGAACCCAUAUUUUAUCCAGGAGGCAGCUUUCAGCUUUAUUGGCCUUCCCUUCAACAAUGGACUGAUGGGCAGAGGGAACAUUCCGACUUUGGGAAGUGUAGCAAUAACCAUGGUACUCCACAAUUGUGAUGAAGUAGCAGUGGCUGGAUUUGGUUAUGACAUGAACUCUCCAAAUGCACCAUUGCAUUACUAUGAGAACAUCAAGAUGUCUGCUAUCAAAGAGUCCUGGACGCACAACAUCCAGCGGGAGAAGGAGUUCCUGAGAAAGUUGGUAAAAGCUCGAGUCAUCACAGACCUCACCAGUGGGAUCUGAGGAGGCGCAGCCACUGUCCUGAAGGGCACAGCCACAUGCAUACAGCUGAGGACAAGGGGAGUAAGAGGUCCCUGGCAAGAAUCCCAGCUUCUUAGAGAUGCGCAAUGCCCUUGGCAAGUCUCCUUGGCUUGCUCUGUCCGACUGCAUCAGGGCUGCUAGGAGAGUGGUGGUUAUUGGCCUGAGGGGGCAGGCCCCACCCUUGGAAUUGCAGGUGAAUCAUGUUGGAGAUGGAGCAUCACUGGGGAGAACAAAAAUAGGCCAGUGAAACAAAAGAAAUUGUGCCAAAUGGGAACAGGAGCCAGGCCAGAGGCUGCAGUGCUUGAAUGUACAAUGUAUUAUUUUUUACAAAGAAAGAAACUCUUGAGAAUCAUGUUAAAUAUGGCGAGGUGCAAAAUGGAACCUGGCUUGUGCUCAUGCACCAUAAGACAUCUAAACUGCCUCUGUGCCAUCUGUGGCUCUUUGUAGGGCCUAAGUCCGUCCAAACCGCGUCUGCUGUUGGUGCUGCUAUAAAUGAAAGAGACUGUAGCCCCUGUGCCAUAGAUGGAGUGAAUUAAGAAGCUUGUUGGAUCUUUAGACUCCUUCUUCUUGUGGGGCGGUGACUGCUGCCAACAUUUCAUCCAUCAGCCAUUGUUCAUAGAACCCAUCUCGUUUUGUUGGGGAGAUCUCUAUGGGUCUGGCAGGCUGGCCACAUACCUAACUGAGAGAUACCCUAAUCUUUGUUUCCUGCAACAUCUGCAUCAUGGUUUUAAGAAUUCUGUACUUUGCUUUUAUUUGGGGCAAGAAUAAUUUAUUUUUUGAUCAAAUCAGCGAUUGUGUCAAGACAGAAAGACUCACCAGUGUUUACUAGCUAAUGGUGCCAGAAUUUUUUCAUUCAUUUUGCUGCACUCUGCUUUAAGUAACUAUUGAGUAUUUAAGCUCCUGUUGAGACAGAAUAGAUAAUACUUGGCCAGCAACUACUUUGCUUAUUAGCCUGUGUCCAUCAGGUGAUUUUUCUCAGUCUGUUUCUGAAUCCUUCUGCUUCCUUUUUAAGGGGCAAAGGUGUAUUAGUUGUUCUGCUGCCAUAAGACUGGGAUGCAGUUUUUGCACGAGUGCGUUCCAUUUGUGUUGGAUAAGCUAAGAAAUGUAUUGUGCAAAGUGACCAAAUUGUGGAGAGGGUGGAGCGACAAUGCAGUCUGCGGAUCUGUGCACACAAGAGGCACCCUCAAGGCUGUUACUCUCCCCUCCUAAAGUAUGAACAUGUUUUGCAUCACUGUGAGGUCCAACAUUACAUUUAUCUUUACUAA